GCUGGUGACACUCAGGAAAGUUAUUUCUCAGAACCCUGGGAAGUUGCAUUCUGUUGCCACAGCAGAGUGAACCCCAAGGUCCCACCUCCCCUGCCUCUCUUCAGAGGCUUGUGCAACAUGCGACUGGAAGGAAGUGAAACCUGCCUUGAUAGGAAGUGAAACAGAAUGGUGAGCUUUUUUCUCCUGCUUCUGACACAGCUGUUGGAGGGGCUAAGCAAACAGUCUACAGUUUCUGGAGCUGCUCAGAGAUUUGCUUCAAUUCCAUCUUUUAAUAUUGGCAUCUCAAUGUUGGUGGGUGGCCCAUCUGGGCUGCCAGCCCUGCUCCCUCUGCUUUUGGCGGCGAUGUCUUUUUUCUGUUCAGCCAUAUCCAUAGAUGAAGCACGGAAGCAGCUGUUAAUGAGAGAGAAGAUAAUGCAGUUGGGGGGACAGCUGGUGCUGAAGAAAGAAGAGGAGCUUGCCAAUGAGAGGCUCAUGGCCCUCAAAAGGGCUGAAAUGAGGCAGGCCAUGAAGACCCAGAAGUUCCCACCCAGCAUGCACUUUUUCAAGGCCAAGAAUCUCAUUGAGAAAAGUGAGGUGUUUACUAUCCUGAAGAAGAUGCCAAAAGGGGCUGCUUUGCAUGUCCAUGACGGCAGCAUUGUGAGUAUGGACUGGCUGGUGAAAAAUGUCACCUACAGGCCCCACUGCCACUUCUGUCUCACUCCAAAGGGGACCCUGAUGUUCAAAUUUGCUCACCCAACUCCCCCCACCCCAGCAAAUUGUUCAGAGUGGAUUUUGUUGGAGAAGUAUCGAAAGGGGCUACAGAAUGUCACUGAGUUUGACAAUAGCCUGCUGAGGAAUUUCACUCUGAUGACCAAGAACCCGGAGGUGACUUAUGCAAACCAAAAUAUCGUCUGGUCCAAGUUUAAAACUAUCUUCAUUACAAUCUCUGGCCUUGUCAACUAUGCACCGGUGUUCAGAGACUACAUCUUCCAGGGCCUGGAGGAGUUCUACCAGGACAACGUGUUCUACCUGGAGCUCAGAGCCAUACUGUUCCCGGUGUAUGAACUGAACGGGACGAUCCAUAACCAAGAGUGGUCAGUGAGGACCUACAAAGAAGUGGCUUGUGUGUUUGCAAAAAAGCAUCCUGGGUUUAUUGGAAUCAAAAUCAUUUAUUCAGAUCACAGAUUCAAAGAUGUGUCCCUCAUCAUGAAAUCUGUCCAAACAGCCAUGACGCUUCGAACCAGGUUCCCCAGGACAGUCGCAGGGUUUGACCUGGUGGGGCGUGAGGACACUGGCUACUCCUUGUACUACUACAAAGAGGCUUUGAUGAUUCCAGCCUCGCAAGGCUUCAAACUGCCUUACUUUUUUCAUGCCGGAGAGACAGACUGGCAGGGUACUUCCAUGGACAGAAACCUUCUGGAUGCCCUAAUACUGAACUCUACCAGGAUUGGCCAUGGGUUUGCUUUGAGCAAACACCCAGCAGCCUGGACUAAUUUAUGGAAGAAGGACAUCCCCAUAGAAGUCUGUCCCAUCUCCAAUCAGGUUCUGAAGCUGGUGUCUGACCUGAGAAACCACCCUGCAGCUGUUCUCAUGGCCACUGGGUACCCCAUAGUGAUCAGCUCUGAUGACCCAGCUAUCUUUGGUGCCAAAGGCUUGUCCUAUGAUUUCUAUGAGGCCUUCAUGGGCUUUGGUGGGAUGAUGGCCGACCUGCGGACACUCAAACAGCUGGCCAUGAACUCUAUCAAGUACAGUGCCCUGUUGGAUAUUGAGAAAAAGGCUGCCAUGAAAACCUGGGAGAAGAGAUGGAAUAACUUUGUAGCUGAUCUGGCCAGAAGGCCAAAGUGAGAAGACAUCCAUUUAUUACCCCAUUCCUCUGCUUCCCUCCACCAGCUGUUUCUGCUUUCUCUCAGUCAUUCUUGAAUCCAUUCCAGUAUCAUCUCCACCUCCAUUUCUUUAUAAAAACCGACCUUGUGGGCCGGCCGAGUGGCGCAAUGAUUAAGAACUGGCUUGGGACGCCAGAGGG